AAAGUUAGGAUUUUGGAUAAGGAAGAUAAGACAGACUGAGAGAGAGAGAGAGAGAGAGAGAGAGAGAAAGUACCGGUUUCAAUGGCGACUCUGCAACUCACAGACUGUUCGAAACCAGCAAUUAUCCACCUCAAGCCUUCUUUAACUUCUCUCUUCGCCACCACUCCUUGCAGCCAUUUUCGAUUUCCUCAAUUUCCAUGUCGCUUUACUCCUAAAGCUUCUUCUUCUCCGCUCCAGCAAUCUUCGAUCUGUCGAAGGCGGUUCGUUGCCGAGACAGCAGCUAUCUCUCUAUCUUUGGCUGCUCCUUUCUUUGGUUCCGUACAACCGGCCAACUCCGAAGAGACGGCACUUUCCGAGUGGGAAAGAGUUUACCUCCCAAUCGACCCUGGUGUCGUCCUUCUCGACAUUGCUUUUGUUCCCGAUGACCCAGCACAUGGUUUUCUUUUGGGAACCAGGCAAACCAUUUUGGAGACAAAAGACGGUGGAAACACAUGGGUUCCACGUUCAAUACCCUCAGCUGAAGAUGAAGAUUUUAACUACAGAUUUAACUCCAUUAGUUUCAAAGGGAAGGAGGGAUGGAUAGUUGGGAAACCUGCAAUCCUGUUGUACACUUCUAAUGCUGGAGAAAGCUGGGAAAGAAUGCCACUUAGUGCACAACUUCCUGGAGAUAUGGUAUAUAUAAAGGCAACUGGUGAAAAGAGUGCGGAGAUGGUGACCGACCAAGGUGCAAUAUAUGUCACCUCAAACAGGGGUUACAACUGGAAGGCUGCAGUUCAGGAGACUGUUUCAGCUACUCUAAAUAGAACAGUUUCUAGUGGUAUUAGCGGUGCAAGUUACUACACAGGAACUUUUAACACAGUAAACCGCUCACCAGAUGGAAGCUAUGUUGCUGUCUCAAGCCGUGGUAACUUCUAUCUAACUUGGCAGCCUGGGCAGCCCUUCUGGCAACCACAUAACAGAGCGGUUGCUAGAAGAAUUCAAAAUAUGGGUUGGAGAGCUGAUGGUGGUCUUUGGCUUCUUGUUCGUGGAGGGGGACUCUAUCUUAGCAAAGGUACAGGGAUAUCAGAGGACUUCGAAGAAAUUCCAGUGCAAAGCCGGGGUUUUGGCAUUCUUGACGUUGGGUAUCGUUCAACAGAAGAGGCUUGGGCAGCAGGGGGGAGUGGGGUACUAUUGAGAACAACCAAUGGUGGCAAAACAUGGACACGUGACAAAGCAGCUGACAAUAUUGCUGCAAAUUUAUACUCAGUAAAGUUUAUCGAUGACAAGAAAGGAUUUGUGCUGGGUAACGAUGGAGUCUUGCUACGGUAUCUUGGAUAAAGUUGCAAUAUAUACACGGUCCAUAAUAAUGGUUGCAGUUUUGUAUUAUGAAUUGAUUAUACCUUCAUUUAAGCAGAGAAGAGAGACCAAAAUUUUAUUCAUUUGAUAAUGCACUUUCCUUGUAAUUAUUACACAUAUCAAAAUCACUAUCUGCGCUAACUAUGUUGUCCUUUGAAGGAUAAAAUAUCCAAAAACUAUCAUUAUUGAUUGUUACAAUUAGUGAGCCUAAAUUUAGGUGUGCCAUGGCUUUUAAUUGUGAAA